AUGAGUUCCUCCUCCGCUGGUGUGUCGGCCUCCUUACCGCCAUUGUACGCAGUUCUUGGCGUGCCAGUUAACGUCAGCCAGGCUGAGUUGUCUCGACAUUUCAAGAGGUUAUCGCUGCAGUUGCACCCCGACCGUGCGUCAUACCGCACGGACAGUGACGUGAGCACUGAGGCACAGUUGCAGCGCUAUCAGCGCAUCACUGAGGCAUACGAGAUUCUUUCCGACCCGGAGCGUCGUGCGGCGUAUGACACGAGACAUAGUGUGAACUUUUCCUUGAGGGUUACUGCUCUGCGAGAGGCACUGGAACGAUGUGAAGCUUCUUCAGUGCCAGUGGCAAAACGUUCCUGUCUUGAACAGGCGUCAGGUGCGGGGGGUGAAAAAAUCUUGGGAGCAUAUUCACAGAGCAAGAAGAAGAGUGAUGACGAUUUGUGUAAUGAGGGACACGAUGAAGAAGAGGAGGACGAGGAAUAUACACCGGACUGA